AGAAAGGUUACGCGAGAGGAUUUUAAAUUCAGCUGGCUCUAACGCGACGAUGAUGGGCUGGGGCAGCACGAGCAACACCAGCCAGCCGACGUGGCCCUCGCGCCUGCAGUGGGCCGUGGUGCCCGUCAUCUCCCUGCAGGAGUGCAUCCCGCUGGCCAGCAACGUGCCCGGCGUCAACCACCUCUGCACCGACGCCCUGCCUGACAAAUCCAUAUGCACGCGCGACCCCGGGGGCCCGCUGGUGCAGGACGGGGUGGUGAUCGGCAUCGCCUCGUGGAACCUCAACCCCUGCACCGCAUACCCGUACCCCUCUAUAUUCUGCCAGGUCUCUAACUUCCUCGAUUUCAUCUACAGUGUCAUGUCAUCCUGAAGGUAAUGAGAAGAGCCGGAUCCGUGUAUGCUUCAGUUACCUUAGAAAGUCCUCUGCAAUUCACGAUGAUUCAGUCUUUGGAGAUAUCUCUUCUACAAACUAAACACUUGAUUUUUACUGUCUAUCUCAAGGACUGUGACAGCUGGCCAGUGAAGAUAAAGGUAAUAUAAUAUACGUGUUCCUGUUUAUCUAAGAGUGACGACUGAAAUUUGUAUCUACAGAAAUUCCAGCUUGAA